UUAGAGUCGUGGAAAGCACAAUCCGACGUGGCCUGAGAAAAACUCGUAUGGCGGUUGUCAUUCGGUGUGUUGAUCGCCGGAACAAUGAAAUAUUUAGGUCAUCCUUCUCCCAAAUCAAGAAUCAAGCGAUCGUCUCGCCCAAUUUUUUUGCAAAUUCAACUACUUUGAUGUCGUUUCAGACUUUGAAAGAGACCCUUAAACCCUGCAAAAGCCUCUCCUCAUCGGCAUCUGCGCCCACUUCUCCCAUUUCUUCAAACCCCUCAUUCUUCCAAGGAUCUGAGGUUAGUUUUCUUCGAAAACCCCCCAAAUCCUCUCUCUCUUUGCAGCUUCUGCGCCUGCAGGAUUCAUUUCCCCCGCCUGAAUGUCGAACACAGUGUCAAAACCAGCAGACUCAAGUUAGAGUUAAGACAGGGGAAGAGGAAGAGGAAGAGAAUGGCGUGGAGGUGCCAGAACCAGACGUAUCGAAGAAGAGAAGCGAAUUGGGUCAGUUCCAGUUUGAUCAUACAGGCCCAUUCGAACCUUUGAUUUUGUCGUCGAAGGAUGAUUUUCCUCUCGUACAGGUGCCUCCAUCUAUCAAUUGUAGGUUACUUGAACAUCAAAGAGAAGGAGUCAAAUUCUUGUAUGGUUUAUACAAGAACGGCCAUGGAGGCAUUCUUGGAGAUGACAUGGGGCUUGGAAAGACCAUUCAAACUAUUGCUUUCCUGGCUGCUGUGUACGCCAAAGAUGGAGAUGGGAUCCAGAAGGAAACUUGUGGAAAGAAAAAGGAUCCUAUACUAAUAGUAUCUCCCACUUCGGUAAUCCAUAAUUGGGAGAAUGAAUUCUCAAAAUGGGCAAACUUCAGUGUUGCAGUUUAUCAUGGGACAAACCGUGACUUGAUUUAUGAUAAACUAGAAGCAGGUGCUAUAGAGGUACUUAUCACAAGCUUUGAUACAUACCGAAUCCAUGGUGGCAUUCUGUCGGAGGUCAAAUGGGAGAUUUUGAUCAUCGAUGAGGCUCACCGGCUUAAGAAUGAGAAAUCAAAACUCUACAGUGCAUGUGCAGGAAUAAAAACUUUGAAGCGCUUUGGUCUUACUGGAACUAUAAUGCAGAACAAAAUUAUGGAACUAUUUAAUCUCUUUGAUUUGGUUGCACCUGGAUCCUUGGGUACUCGAGAACAUUUCCGUGAGUUCUUUGACGAACCCCUCAAGCAUGGCCAAAGGUCAACUGCUCCUGAAAGAUUCAUACGGAUUGCUGAUGAAAGAAAACAGCAUUUAGCUGCAGUUCUUCAUAAAUAUAUGCUAAGAAGGACAAAGCAAGAGACAAUUGGGCAUCUUAUGUUGGGAAAGGAAGAUAAUGUUGUUUUUUGUGCCAUGAGCGAAUUGCAAAAAAGGGUUUAUAGAAGAAUGUUACAACUACCAGAUAUCCAAUGCCUUAUUAAUAAAGACCUUCCUUGUGGCUGUGGGAGCCCUCUCACCCAAGCAGAGUGUUGCAAAAGGACUGUACAAAAUGGAAUUAUUUGGCCUUACCUUCACAGAGACAAUCCAGAGGGUUGUGAUUCAUGUCCUUUCUGUAUUGUUCUUCCUUGCCUUGUCAAACUUCAACAGAUAAGCAACCAUCUGGAACUGAUUAAACCAAAUCCAAAGGAUGAUUCUGAAAAGCAAAGGAGAGAUGCAGAGUUUGCUUCUGCAGUCUAUGGCUCUGAUAUUGAUCUUGUUGGAGGCAGUGCUCAAAACGAGAGCUUCAUGGCCCUUAGUGAUGUUAGACAUUGUGGUAAAAUGCGAGCUCUGGAUAAAUUAUUUUCCUCUUGGACUUCACAGGGUGAUAAGAUUCUUCUAUUCAGUUACUCUGUCAGGAUGCUGGACAUACUAGAAAAGUUUAUUGUACGUAAAGGUUAUUCAUUCUCGAGACUUGAUGGUUCCACUCCAACCAACAUGCGCCAAUCUCUAGUUGACGACUUCAACUCGAGCCCAAGCAAGCAGGUUUUCCUAAUAUCUACUAGAGCUGGUGGCCUUGGAUUGAACCUUGUGAGUGCGAACAGAGUUGUGAUCUUCGAUCCAAACUGGAAUCCUGCACAAGAUUUGCAGGCACAGGAUAGGUCAUUUCGCUUUGGGCAGAAACGACAUGUUGUUGUUUUCCGCCUUCUUGCUGCUGGUUCACUUGAAGAACUUGUGUACUCUCGCCAAGUAUACAAACAGCAGUUAUCAAAUAUUGCUGUCUCUGGGAAAAUGGAGAAGCGGUAUUUUGAAGGUGUUCAGGAUUGUAAAGAAUUCCAAGGUGAGCUUUUUGGUAUCUGCAAUUUGUUCUCGGACCUGUCGGAUAAGCUCUUCACUAGUGAGAUCAUUGAGAUGCACGAGGAAAAAGAAACAAAUGACGAGCUUGCCUCAAACACAGACCAGAAUACCUCCAACGCUGGAUCUUCUGUUCCUUCUGACAAAAGCAAUGUUGUCAGUUCUGCAGUAAAUACUAACACAAAUAAGCCUAUGCUUGAAGACUUAGAUCAUUGUUUUGUAGGUAUUGUAUAUGCGCAUAGAAAUGAAGACGUAGUGAAUUCUGGACCUGGAACACAAGCAAAAAUGGCCUUGCCGGUAGCUCAAGAUUGUACACCCAAGCAGCCACACGUUCCAGAGAUAAAGAAAAGGAAACUAGAUGAUUUGUCUUCAUCCAUGGACCGUAAGAAGAUCCAGUAUCGUAUUCUUGCUGAAUUUGUGGGAAUGGGCGAGUUAGAAUUCAGCAAAUGGUUACUAUCUGCAACCCCAAUGCAAAGGCAGAAAGUACUUAAAGACUACAGGAGGAGAAAGGAAAAGAUACCAAAUGGCUGAGUUUCCCUCACCACGUGGGUUUCAACUAAAGUCCACUAAAGUGAUAACAUUUUAAACUACAACUGGUGUAGCAUGUAGGAUUUUGUUAUAAAGAGAAUCUUAGUAAUUGUUUCAUAACAUAAAUUUAGUAUUGUUAAUUAGACUGUCA